AUGAGGAACUUCCACGGUGCCUUUCUGACCAUAGUGCUCAGCUUGGCUUUUGGCCAUGUCGAUGCCUUCUGGCGUAUGGUCUGCAGCACUGUCCAAGUAGGCAGGAUCGAUCCGAUCGUUAAUCCUGGUGGUAUCUCCGGUCAUUGUCACACCAUUGCCGGACCGAACAACAUCAACACCACGUCGACCUUCGACAGCCUUCAGGCCGCCUACUGCACUUCCUGCAGCAUCCAGAAGGACAAGAGUGCCUACUGGACCCCGAACCUGUACUACAGAUACCGUAAUGGGUCGUACCAGGAAGUCCCCCACGACGGCACUGUGGUAUACUAUCUGGAUCGUGGUGUCGAUGUAGCCAAUAUGCAAAGCUUCCCGAAGGGCUUUCGCAUGCUUUCGGGUGACGCGGCUGCCCGGUCGUAUGAUAAGACCUUGACGUACGGCAACAAGUCAUAUGGCGGCCAGCCGAUGGGCAACCGUGCCAGCUUUGCCUGCCUGGACAGCAGCGGCCCGCAACCGGAAACCCCAGGCUUCAAGUCCACCAGAUGCGACUCCGGCCUUCGAGCCCAGAUCCACUUCCAGAGCUGCUGGGAUGGCGUCAACCUGUACAAGACCGACCAAUCCCACGUCGCAUACCUCUCUGGCAUUGACAAUGGCAUCUGUCCCCCAACCCAUCCCGUCCUCCUUCCUCAUCUGUUCUUCGAAGUCAUCUAUUCCGUCAACAGCGUUGAUCAGUCUGGCGGUGGCAUGUUCGUCUUCGCACAAGGCGACACAACAGGCUAUGGCUUUCACGGCGAUUUCCUCAACGGCUGGGAUCCCGAUGUCCUUGACGCGGCUAUUGAUCAGUGCAUGGGUCCUGGCGCCACCAACAAUGGGCAGAUCGGUCUCUGCCCACCGCUUCAGGCUUCGGUCGAUCCAUACUUCAGCCAGAACUGUCUCGAACAAGCCCCGAUCGUCAACGAAACCGUCCACGGUUUGCUGAAGGUUCUGCCCGGCUGCAAUCCCCCAACUGGAGGUCCAAUUCGAGCUACUCAAAACAUCUGCCCUGUACAGCCCCAGCUCAACUACAUUGCCAACCAAGACUACAAGAGCCGCUCCGUGGCCAAACCCGGGGAUAAAAUAGGCGCUUGGCAGUACAUGGGCUGUGCUUUCGAUGCCGGCAACCCUCGACCCCUGUCAGCUGCGUCAUACAGCAGUCAAACGGGCAUGACGAUCGAGAGCUGCACAGCUUAUUGCAAGCAAAAGGGCUAUUUCUACGCUGGCCUGGAAUUUGCAAGCCAAUGCUACUGCGCAGGAACCCUGCAGCAGCCGAUCCAGUCUCCGCUCAAUUGCUCGCAGCAGAACUAUAUGACCUGCAGCGGCGACACCUUCAAGUUUUGCGGUGGCCAGCAACUCAUGCAGGUGUGGAAUGACACUUCUUACACCGGUCCCACUCCCAAGGGUAUCCCCGUGCCUGGCCAGACCACGUUGACAGUGCCGAACAACGGUGGAACCGCCACUUAUGCUGGCUGUUACCUGGAAGGUGUCGGCAGCCGAGCGCUCCAGGGACCUUCCUUCUCCAACACCACGGGCAUGACGCUCGAGAUGUGCGCGGCGUUCUGCUCGCUGAGCCAGUCUGCGUUUUUCGGUACCGAGUAUUCUCAAGAAUGCUAUUGCGGCAACAGCACCAUGACCGCGACGACCUCGCAAUCCGACUGUUCGUUCUCCUGCAAAGGCGACAACACCGAACUCUGCGGUGCAGGCUCCCGUCUGUCGGUCUGGUCUCUUGACACGUACAAGGCCAAUGCUGGCAGCUCCGGCACGGGUACGGGCACAGGCACCUCAGGCGGCGGCUCCUCCUCCCCCACGGCGAGCGCCAUCCCCGCGGCGACCAACGUCGCCUACCUAGGCUGCUACGGCGAGACCGGCAACCCACGCGCCCUCACUGGGCUGUACUCCUCUGGCUCGACAAUGUCCGUCGACCUGUGUGCGCAAAAGGCCCAGGCCCUCAACCUUCAGUACUUCGGCCUCGAGUACGCGUCGCAGUGCCUGGCGGGGAGCGUGCUCAAUCCGGCAUCCACGCCCAUCGCGUCUACCAAAUGCAGCAUGAAGUGUGCGGGCAAUUCGGCCCAGACUUGCGGCGGCUCCAACGCAAUCAGCCUGUACAACAACACGCGGUACAUCAAGCCGUACAAUCCCAACCCGGUCAACGUGCCGAACCAGCCGGGCAGCCAGUACGGCUAUGUCGGCUGCUACACGGAGGGAGUUGGCGCGCGGGCCCUCGGCCCCACAGACAAGACCGGCUCGGCGGCCACGCCGGCGUCGGCGUCUCUGACCGUCGAGGCUUGCGCGGCGUUCUGCUUCGCCAAGGGCUAUAACUGGAUGGGCGUGGAGAAUGGCAACCUGUGUUUCUGCAACGCCGCGGGACCGAUCAACUCGGCGGUGUUGGCCCCCCAGGGCGAGGCCGGCUGCAACGUCACUUGCGCGGGCAACCCGGUGCAGAACUGUGGUGCGGGCAGCAGAUUGAAUGUGUAUCAGUUGAAGAGUGCCAGCGGAAGUGCAAGGUUCGCGGGUGCCACGACUGCGGCUAAUACCAACUCGACGACAAAGACAGGGAAGAGGGGUUUGCGAUUCAAGGUAUGGUAA